CUAAAAUGAAUGGAGAAUUCUUUGUCUUCUUCUGUUAACUGCUAACUAUCCGCUUGACAAAGAAACAUGAGUAGAUGAUAUUGCUUACGGGUCAUUACGGUUCCACCUGACUGUAUGUCAAGACAAAAGUAGCCACAACAGCAGAUUGGUGGAGUAAUAUUCCCCAGGCCAAACCUCAAGAAGGCAAAAACUGUUACCUGAAAUCUCAAGAAUCAAGCUAAGAAAGCAGAGAGAGGGGACUUUCAUGGAUAAAACCAAAAUAAGCUCAACCAGGUCAUCAUCACCAAUAACCAACAUAGCCGAGGAGCAACUGUUGACCAUCUUGCUGUUUUUACCCAUAGAUUCAAUUCUGAGCUUUGCCAUGACCUGCAAGAGGUUCAAGUCACUGUCUUUGUCUGACCCCCUUUGGGAAUCCAUCUGCAGGAAGGGUUGGGGCAAGUUUUCAGUGGAUUCCCUCAAGCCCAUGCUUCAAACCAAGCAUGGAGUCUCUUGGAUAAAUCUCUACCGCCAAAUCCACCAGCUGGACUCUCUGAGUUGCCACAGAAUCUUGACGAGCAACCAGGAGCUUCCCACUCCCAGAGCUUCUCAUUCACUCACUUUUGUAUCCAAUUGCCUUGUUCUCUUUGGUGGGGGCUCUGAGGGAGGUAAGCACCUUGAUGACACGUGGAUAGCACAUAUAGACAGUGACAUCAGGGUAAGAUUGAAAUGGGAAAAGAUAGCUACGGGCAGUCCAAGCGGACGGUUCGGGCAUUCCUGCAUAGCCAUUAAAAAUUUCCUUGUCCUCUUUGGAGGCAUCAAUGACUUCGGCGCUCGCCAAAAUGAUGUUUGGAUAGGGCAGGUGUCACUUAGCGGCGGUGUUACAUUGUCUUGGAGACUACUGGAUGUGAGUGAAUCUAGCUCACCUCCUCCCCGAGGGGCCCAUGCAGCUUGUCCAACCGAUGAUGGAAUGAUGAUGCUUAUCCACGGAGGCAUUGGAAUGUCCGGGCUUAGAUUAGAUGAUACUUGGGUUCUUGACUUCUCAAAAGACCAUCACUCUGGGGUAUGGCGGGAGCUAGUGACUUGCUCUUCUCCUCCGUCUCGGUCCGGUCACACGUUGACCAACACUGGGAAGAACCAAAUAAUCAUGUUUGGAGGGCGAGGGGGAGGGUACGAAGUUCUCAACGAUGUGUGGCUGUUGCAUGCAUUGUCAUGUGAAGGUGAAUGGCAUUGGGUGGAGUUAUUAAUUGACUUGCAGGGUCCUCAAGGGCGGGUGAAUCUACCUCGGGUCGGCCACUCCGCGAACCUCAUCGUAGGUCGUAAACUACUCGUAUACGGAGGUGAAGACUCACAUAGACAUAAAAAAAACGACUUUUGGGUAUUGGAUAUUGGUUCUUCAAUGUUAAACAUGAAUUGUAAGAGAUCAUAUAUUUCAAAAGGGUGGACGGAGUUAAGGGGGAUAGGCGAUAAACCUGAACCUAGGUCAUUCCACCGAGCCUGCACGGACCAUUCUGGUCGAUACUUGUACAUAGUUGGCGGAAUGGUAGAUUGUUUGUGUCAGCGUGGUGGAUUAGCAGGGUUAAGAUUUGAUGGAGGGCAGUUUCUCCUUGAGAUAUUGCUUCAGGUGCCUUAUGGUAACAAACGGAUGGAUGAGAAAGAAGGCGCCUCAAGAUGCGGUCCUCCAAGAUCUUUCAUUUAUCAGAUGAUCCUCCAAAGUCGAGCACCUUGCCUUGCUGCAAAUCAAGGCAGAAGAUCUAGAUCCUUUAAGAGUAGUGUAAAUACUUGAUAAAUAUGGACAUAUGUGAGGUUCAAUUAAACAUCUUGAGGUGCCUUCUUUCUCAUGCUUGAUGUACACACCUUUGUACACACCUUAUAUACA